CUGGGAUGGAGCAGAAGCCCGCCGCGCAGCGCAGGGCCCGCAGCUGACCGCGCCGCCUCCGCUCGCCGCCUGCCCCAGGGCUGAGCGCCGGUCCCGACUCCCACAGCAGCCUGCGGGGCGGAGCAGGAGCCGCCGCGCGGGCCGCGUCCGUUCAUCCGCCAACUCCGCGCCGCCGGCUCCGGGCUGGGCCCCCAGAGCCCAGGUACCAUGGUGUGCAAGACCCUCUUGGCUCUUUGCAUCUUCACGGCAGGAUGGAGGGUGCAGGGCGCGCCCACACCAGCGCCCGGGCCCACUUCUCUAAUGGAGAAAAUUGCCCCCUCGACCACCAUCUGGACUAGCUUUCCACAGAACACUGCUGCGGCCACUGCGGCCCCAACCAAUGGGACUCACGGCGACGCAGUGCUCUCGGCCACAGCAUCGGACCCCACGUCUCCACUGCCCAAGAACGUUUCCGUAGAGCCCAGAGAAGAGGAGCCCAGUAGCCCGGCUCCCAGCUGGAAGGGCCCCCGCAUAGACCCCUCUCCUCCCGGGCUCCAGGCGACAAGCAGCGGGGGCCACUUAACGGCCACCCCCGAGGAGCGCAGCUCGGGCCCCCCUGAAGCCAGCGUGCCGGCCACAGCGCCCCGGGUCCCGGCUGAGCCGCCCACACUCACCUCCUCCCAAGCUCCGGCCUCAUCACUGCCUUCAUCCCCAUCAGCCUCCGCACCGGCCGUCUCAUCUCCCUCCUUCACCGCCGACCACAGCCCCACUGAGACCAGUGCCCAGCCCACCGGAGCGCCCACCACGCCAGAGUCCCCGACGGAGGAGCCCACCCCUGGCCACGCACCCACUUCUCAUGCUUCCGUGGGGCCAGUGUUUGAGGAGAGGACACCCCUGACCCCUGUGUCCAGCAAAGCGAUGUGCGAGCUGAUAGACAUGGAGACCACCACCACCUUCCCCAGAGUGAUCAUGAGGGAAGUGGAGCACGCGUUAAGUUCAGGCAGCAUCGCGGCCAUCACCGUGACGGUCAUUGCAGGGGUGUUGCUGGUGUUUGGUGUCGCAGCCUACCUGAAGAUCAGGCAUUCCGCCUAUGGAAGACUCCUGGAUGACCACGACUACGGGUCCUGGGGAAACUACAACAACCCUCUGUAUGAUGACUCCUAACGAAGGAGCGUGGCCCGGGAGGAGGAAUGACUGCUCUUUAUUUAUACACCCUUACCCAGUAGAGUCCCUGGCGAGUUCCUGAUGGACGCUGCAGACAAUCUUAAGCCCUGUUUUGUUGGUGUGGUUGUUCUGUUUCCUCUCUCUCCUCCAGCUGCUACAACCUCCCCUUUUGGUACAAAAAGAAAAAAAAACGUUCUUUAAAGGUGAGUGGAGGCUGAUUUUCUGCUGAAAUGGGCCCACCUCACUCUGGCCAUGCCAGACCACUGUGGUGGAGACUGCUGCCCCCCUCAACCCCUGCUCCCCACUGCAGGACCCAGAUGGAGAAGGCCCCUAGGAAGGACAAUUGGGUUGGAGUUUUGUUGUUGUUAUUGUUGUUUUAAAGUUACUUUUUAGGAAAAAUUUCUGUUUUAGAUAUUUCUUAAAAUUCUAUUCAGGAAAUUACAUUAAAUAUCAAUGAGGGGAAAGGAAAUAAAGCCUGGGAGUCCCAAGGCUUUCCCCCACAUGGGCAGGGUUUUCAAUUCCUUUUUCCUCUGUGUUUACCCGGCUGUACCUGACAGGACACCUCUCGGCUUUACAAGUUAAUCACAGCUUCUUAGCUGCCUGAUUAAUGAAAGACGAGACCAGACGGGAAGUACCAGAGGAGGCCAGCAGGCUGAGAGGCAGUGGGGACCGCUGACCCCUGCUGGUGCCCUCUGCCUGUCCUCCUGCUCCAGAUCCCCAUCUCUGCGAGGGAUGCCGCUCUGUUGGGAUGUAGUGGGACCCCAACCCUCAGGCAAGCGGCAGAGUCGCAAUUCUACAGGAACAAGGGUAUAAGAAAGGCUGCGUCCUGGAGACAAGUGGGGCGGCAUGUGGGGGACGGUGCAGGUGGGGAGGUUGGCAGAGACAAUGGGGGAGAGGGAUGCCGACUUGCAUUAGCGUCUCAUUAGCGCACAUGGAAAUCCAUGGCCAGUAACAGUCAGCGACACCCACUGCUCAGGGGACCCAGACAGCCCUGGCUUUAUAGCCAUAAAGCACCCGGUCCCCCACUUUACUGUCUGCUGGAUAAUGGCUGUAAACUGUUUUUUAAAAAGAGUUGGUAUUCUACCUGCAAUGGCUCAGUGAGGCCUUCCCAUAGGAAACAGAAACCAUGAUUAACCACUUUCUUCUCCUUAUACUUACCUUACUAAUUCUUCCCUUCAAGAAACGCGCACCCAGGUCCCUAGUCUUAGAACCCUGACAGGGAGUUUUGAGAAAGAACGGUUCAGCCCCACAGUCGUCCCUUCACUGUGUUGUUCUCAAUUGGGAGGUAUUUUGUCCCCGACUCCAACAUUUGGGAAUGUCUGGUGACAAUUUCAAUUGUCAUGAUGUGGGGGUGCUGCUAGUGACCUGUGGCCAGGAAUGCUGCCAAGCCUUCUACCAAACACAACCCACCAAGACAAAGAAUUGUGUGGUCCAAAGUAUCAACAGUGCCAAGACUGGGUUACUGACACCACAGAUCAGUUGUGCUUUUUUUUAUUUUUAAUGAAAUGAUGUGUUAAACUUUUAUCCUUCAAGUAUUUGCUUCUUGGCUGAUAGGCUCUGUUUUAUUUUUGUGAUAUGCAUGGUCAUCUUUUAAUUCCUGUGUGUUUUCUAGAGAACUUUCUUUCACAGGCUGCAACCCUGUCUCCCAUAACAUCUGAUAUGAGCAGUCAACAUUUUAUGUCCUGAUUUCCUGUAGUAGGAAAAAAGCAUUAGGACUUAUUUCAAAAUGUUCUAUCAUCCUACGUUGUCAUAAAGAACUUGAAAAUGGGUCGGUUUUUAUUUCUAAACUUGGACCUCGCUGACCCUUGGCUUAUUCUGUCACUAGCAGUGGCCGGCAGAGCCUGACAUGAAAACCACCCUUUCUUUUCUAAGCUGCCCGAUGGCAGAGACACUAAAAGCAAUGCCACUUUCUGCAAUCUGCCCUCCCACACUCUGAAAAACAUUUAUUUCUGAGCUCCUCGCUUGCCAAAGGAGAAUGAGGUCACAGAGAGGUCACAGCCUGCGCGGCAGUGAGGAGUAGGCCCGGGGGGUUAUGGCAUCUCUGAGUAUUGACAGCAAAAGAUAACCAAAGUGGACCUUCCUAGACACACGGGCAGGAGCUACUGAGGGUGGCCCGUCUGGCUGUGCGUGGCUUGGGUCAUUGCCCUUCUUCCUCACACACCCCCAUAGGGCUUGCAGUUUGGCAAAGGUUAGGCCAAUAAAAAUAGCACAUUCCAUACACUUUUUUCCUCCCAUGGGCAAAAACAUUUUGACCAAACAUCCAUAAAUACCCUUGGGGAGGUGUACUCUGUCAUAAAUACUGGGUCAGAGGGACCAGCCUCUUCGCAGGAACCCUGACCUGUCAAACCACAGACUUGGAGCCCAUUUCUCCUCACCACAGGCGGCUGCUAUGCAAGCAUGUGAGGGCCUGUGACUGUCACUAAAUUCCAGGUGCCUUGGGCAUGGAAAGGGGCCUGGGCCUAAAGCAGGUGUAUUCAGCAAGGUGACAGCUUCCCGCAAAACCUCUACUGCUCCUUGUGAUGUUACGUCAAUAUAAAAACCUAAGGGUUGAGCCUUAUUUUGCCAAAUGUAUGGUGUCUGAUUUUGAUUUGGCCAAAGGAUUUUAGCAAGUGUAUUCUACAGAUGUUACUUACACACACACUCACGUGCACACAUGGCCCUGAAAUGUAUGCCAGUGGUUGACUCAAUUCAGGAGGAGUCAGUUUGGUUGUACCCAAGGGCAACGGCUCCAACGGGUCUAUGCACAUCCUGUCUGUGACAGGACCAGCCAUAAAGCUUUGGAGAGAACAUCAGAGCGGGAGGAGCCACCAGCCAGUCCUCAACCACAGAUGUCACAUGGUGAAAGAGUGGGGUGCAACGUUUUCUUUUCCUGUGGCCCCGAUGAAAUCUCCAGCCCUCGCUGCACAUCUGGGGUGGUUUCAUUUCUAAACUGGGGUGAUGCUUUCAGACUUCCCUCACACCACACUACCUCAAAGAUGUGUGGUGAGGAUUAAUGAAAUCACAUCUACAGUGGUUUCAGUUCCUGGAGAAAAAAUAUUCAUAGACAUUUUAAGUAUUAUAUGGCUAUCUAAGUGAGCUCAGUUUCUUGUUUUCUGUUAUACUGGUGUGUUGUUCUUACAUAUCCUAUAAGGUGACAGUUGUAUCCCAGCCACAUUAGAUGGCUGCAGCAGGUCCAGACUGCACCCCAUGUCCCAGCACAGCUGAUUGAUUACAGGGCUAACCAUGCCUGGGAUCACCAAUGAGAGAUUUUGUUUCCAAAGGAAAGUCUGGCCCAGAACGCAGGUUUCCCAGGCUCCUGAGUGAGGGUCCAGGCAGUGAGGGUAGCACAGUGUAUACUUGAGUGCUAACAGUGGUGGACCUCGGGCCUGUACCGUCCUGAGGUCUUCUGGAUUCUUUGAUGUCAUCUGUUUGCUCUUUAUCUUUCUUGCAAGUAUGCAUGGUUGAAUCCUUCGCGUCUGGGACAUGAAUUUUGCAACUGGGCCAGAUGCUAAUUUGCACGUUGAUUCACCUUCUUUGCCUUUAACCUUUUCCUUUUUUUUUUUUUUUUCUGGGCAAACGAAUGCACCAUUUCAACUUUCAUUUUAAAAGUGCUAGUUGAUACUGGUAAAAGUGCUAACCAAGCAGGCAAUGCCAGACUUCUCUCUUGGGGUGAGUUAGCCAAUGUCAUUUAAAGAUGGAAAGAUGUGAAACUUCUUUGACAUUUGAUGUCAUUGUAUCCACAUUUGUUGUAAGACAUAUCACAUACCAAUUAUAAUUAUAUCAAUUAAAGUUGUUAAAAGCUU